GGAAGCGAUAGUCACCCCAAGUGUGAGUGAAAUUUGUUCUCUAAUUGAUGAAUAUGCUGCUUGCCGCAAUGUAACUAAUUUAAAGAAACAAUUUACGUCACUGUACUCGUGUAUGCCGGGCGACGACCUACCCUACGUGAUUCAGUGGCUGUGUAACCGGUUAGAAAAACUUUGUUUGCUAAGUGACAGCGAUUUACUUCCUGUAUUUGAACAAAGUCUACUUGAAAUAUCAGCUUCGUUCGACUGUGAUGAGUGCCUUCUUCUUCUCCAAGGUUGUCUUAGUAACUCUAGUAACGUGGAAUAUUUUAUUCGGAUUCUUAAGGCUGUAUCUGUUUGUGCUACUAAAAUUGAUUUUAAACACUUUGGCCGAUUCAAAGGUGUUUUUAUUUCUUGUGAGAGUCUGCUGAAAAAUCUCCCCUACAGUGAGUUACUAUGUGCUCUAAAUGCAUCUGCUGACCUAUUUGGGAACUUGAUUUCGCCAGCUAAAUCUAAGCUGUUAAAUUCUACUGAUAAGUCUUUUCUACAGCAUCAUACCUUGUUCAUGAUUUCUAUGUUACCGUACAAUGAUUCUCAAGACACAGAAAUUGUUCUCACCCGUUUUAUAAGCAAUCUUUCGAAUAUAGGUGUAGGGUUGUACACACUUUAUUUAUCAUGUCGUAAAUUACUUCUCACAUCACCAGAUAUGGUUCUCUAUGGCAGGACAGCUGCUUCCGUUAUAGUACCAAGUUGGAUUCGGCUAUUGCACUACUUUUUUACAAGUUCUACACAUGAACUUUACAGGUUCUGGCCAUUAGUUUUUACUGAUGACUACUGGAUCGAUUUAAUCUGUCUUCUAGUAGAUUUUUUGCUGGAUAGAUCGAAGCGUAAUUUGCUUCUUGAUAACUGUAAAGUCAGUCUUGUAGAUUCCAAAAACCAAGCAUUUAAUUCAGACAGAUAUUCCAAGUUACGGAGAUUUACCUUGCAUUUCAUUCAAAGUCUUUUCAAAAAGUACAGUUGUUCUCUUCAUCGUGUCUGGUGGAAUCCUGAUCGGUUUAAGUUAUUAGAGUGUCUAGAGAUUGUUGCUACCGAACCAGUAUCUGACGCGUCUCUUCCAGAGUAUAUUACCGAGGCAGUUGGUUGUAUUGAGCAAAUAAUCUCAUCAUCAACUUACCUCGCUCGGUUCUGCAUUUACGCCAAAUUAUUAGAACCUAUUCAAGAUAAUAUACAUCAUGGUUGGCGUGGGCAUGUGGUCACUUUAUUCAAAAAUAAUUUACAUAAUCUUAUCAUGCAGACUGUUAAGGAUUUUGAAGGGUAUUCUGAAGUAACCGAUCCAGAAAAUAGUGUUAAUACAUGCUAUUCAGAAGAAGUCAGGCGUAUAUUUAAAUACAUAUUCAGGUAUCCUUUGCCAUUCAAUUCACAAGAGAAUUUAAUUGACGAAAGCAGCUGGUUAUUAUCUGCCUUAAACUUGGCUCUGUACAUAUUUAUGACGUUCAAAUCAAAUCCUUCAUCACCUGUAAUCUACAUUGUGGAGUUAUUAACUAAUAAUACCGAUGGGAAAUUAAGUUACUUCUGUGAAUUCAUGUAUAAUCUAAAGUCCUGUUUAGAUCAACGUAUUGUUCAGUGUCAAGCUGGUAUUUCUGCACUUCAAGUGACCUUGAGCAAUACAGAUGAUACUACAAAAAUUAGCACUUUAACAUCAAAACUUGGUGUUCAAGAAAGCAUCAUGCUUCGUUUACGUCUUUUAGAAAUGACUUUACAUCAAACUGAGAAAUACCUACCAUUCAAACUUACAAGUUCUGUGUAAAUGAGGAGGGGGUUACUUGUUUGUGUAUUACUAGUUUUGUAAAUAAAAUUUUAUUUCCAUACUCCUUGUUAUAAUCUCAAUUUAUCUACUGGUUUGCAACUCCACAUCUUAAUUCUAGGUAGUCGUUUUCGUUCACUGAGCC